UCAAUCUUGUAAAAAUAAUUAAUGCUUUUACAUACUGUGUGAUAAGUGAUAUAAAAGCAUCACUUCUCGCUAGUUUAUCCCUUGGGUUGAAAAGAUCUUUCUGGAGGUGUAUCUUCAGUAGUUGAAGCGAGAACAGGAUUCAUGGCUGAGUAGCCGAACGUACUGACUUUAAAGCGACGAGGGAAGGAGGUGCAAUACCCUCGAAGGAAAGCCUGGGGACCACUUGCCCUGCCCCUUCGCCAUGGAUUUGUGAAGCCUUCGGCUUCCUCCCCUUCCCCUCCCGUGCGGGGGCCGCAGCCCAGCCCUGCCUUCCGCAAAUCACGACCGCCCGCUCCCUGCCGGUGCCAGGCGGGUAGGGAGGACGACGAGGGCAGGGCAGGGGCUCGGGGAGGCGCUGAGGAGCCGCCGCAGCUCGCUCGCCCUGCAGCGUCCCGGGUUUGCGCGGAGGCGGCGGAGCCGGCAGCGCAGCCCCAGGAUCCUGUUUCAGAUUAACUGUGCCACAGAGGCUUGCUGGUCUCUGUGCAGUGCCAUGCUGAUGCAUCUGCUCAACCUUCAGUGCUAGCUCUAGCCCAAAAGCAGUUUUGCAGCUUUCCCCUGAAGUCUGAGCCAGGAGCUUUCUACCAGCUGGAGAGUCUCCACAUGGGAAGGUACCUCCUGCAGGCAGUUAAAGGAAGGACAACAAAAGAAAGCACCAUGUCUUCGGUCUCAGCUUAUUACAAUGGAAAGACCGUACUUAUCACAGGAGCCACAGGUUUCAUGGGCAAAGUGCUGGUGGAAAAGCUUCUGCGCUCCAGCCCUGAAGUGAAAGCAGUUUAUAUUCUUGUAAGGCCAAAGGCUGGACAAUCGAUGCAAGAGAGAGUGGCCAACAUGUUGAAAUGCAAGGUCUUUGACAGGGUUCGAGAAGAUUGCCCUAAUUUCCACGAGAAGAUUAAGCCUAUUAAUGCUGAACUCACUCAGCCCAAGCUGGCCAUCAGUGCUGAAGAUGAGGAGGAGCUUCUGACUCGAGUCAAUAUUGUCUUCCACUGUGCAGCAACAGUACGCUUUGAUGAACCCUUGAAACAUGCCCUGCAACUGAAUGCAAUGGGCACUCAGAGACUUCUAGAGCUGGCCCGGCAGAUGCAGAAGCUGGAGGCUUUCAUACACAUCUCCACCGCCUAUGCAAACUGUGUCCGGAAAUGCAUAGAUGAAAUCAUCUACCCACCCCCAGCUGAACCCAAGAAGCUCUUCGAUUUAGUGGAGUGGUUGGAUGAAUCUAUCAUUCAAGACAUCACACCCAAGCUGCUUGGAGACUGGCCCAACACUUACACCUACACCAAAGCCUUGUCAGAAUACCUGAUUCAGCAAGAGAAAGGAAAUCUGAACAUUGCUAUCAUCAGGCCAUCCAUUGUGGGAGCUAGCUGGCAUGAGCCUUUCCCAGGUUGGAUUGACAGCUUCAAUGGGACAAGUGGAAUAUUUGUUGCGGCAGGUAAAGGGAUUCUGCGGACUGUCAUUGCCAACAAUGAAGCAGUAGCCGAUAUGAUUCCAGUAGAUGUUGUCAUCAACCUCACCCUUGCAGCUGGGUGGUACACUGCUGUGCACAGGCCAAAAAAUAUGUUGGUGUACAACUGUACAACGGGUGGAAUCAACCCUUUCUUUUGGGGAGAAAUGGAACAGUAUGUCAUGUCCACAUUCAAAAGAAACCCACUGGAGCAGGCCUUCCGAACACCCAAUGCUCACUUGACAUCAAACUACUUGAUAAACCAGUACUGGAUAACUGUCAGUCACAAGGCUCCAGCCAUACUCUAUGACCUGUACAUGAGGCUGACAGGAAGAAAGCCCAGAAUGAUGAAGAUUAUCAAUCGACUGCACAAAUCUAUGAUGCUCCUGCAGUAUUUCUCCACCCAGUCCUGGGAUUGGUCUUCAGAUAAUAUGAAUAUGUUAAUGGGUCAGCUUAACACAGAGGACAGAAAGUUAUACAACUUUGAUGUUCGUCAGCUGCACUGGUCAGAAUACAUUGAAAGCUACUGCCUAGGUGCUAAGAAGUAUUUGCUAAAUGAGGACAUGUCUGGCAUCCCAGCAGCAAAGCAGCACUUACGAAAACUGAGGAAUAUCCGAUAUGCAUUCAACACCACCCUCCUUGUGAUCAUCUGGCGCAUUUUCAUUGCAAGGUCACAGAUGGCUCGAAACAUCUGGUACUUUGUGGUGAGCCUCUGCUACAAGUUCCUUUCCUACUUCAGGGCAUCCAGCACCCUCAGGCACUGAAGCCAUCCAUCAGCAACCAGCCUCUUCCAGAAGGACCUCCAUCCCUUCUAAUCAGCAACUAUGGGCAUCGGGGUCUGAAAGUAGCAGAAAAAUCCACUUCUAAUUGCAGCCUGCAUUUAUUGUGCACAGUUAUGUGUUCACCUUUUUAAUUUUAACUAAUGCUUUAAUACAUGGUGGUCUUUCUUCCAUAGGACCUUACCAAUUUUUAAAGCCAUAAAGCUUUAGGAACAGAUCAAGCUGGAACCUUUCAUCCAGAGCCCAAUGUGCAAGAGUAAAGAUUAACCAAAGUUACAGUCUUCCCAUGUACUAUCUAGGCUAUCUUAAUUCAAUCUUCCUUCUUAAAGGAAGCAAAUUUAAAGCUUAGAACCUUAGAAGAAAGGGAUGCCAUCGGAGAAGAACCAGUCAAGGAAAUUAACCUGUGAGAGGUCUUCAUAAAGAAGCUAUUUAUUUCUUCAUUCUCAUUCAGUGAAAUUGUAUUUUAUUGAAAAUCAUGAUUUUACAUUUUCAAUUUUUCAAAACAUAAAGGGGGAAAAAUCAGUUACAUUAGGCCAGUGAACACAAUGAACAGCUUUCAGAUCUUGAAUUAUAUUGCUACUGAGGACUGAUACUUUCAAGCCAUAACUGAAGACACACAUAGCAUUCAUAUACCUGUGUUAACUGUUCUCACUCACAAACUGUUUUCUUAUGGAAAGGCAUUUUUUUUCUCUCUUUGGUUAAGAUUACAGAUCAUCUUCUACCAAACAGCCCUGAUCUUGCAUUUAUCACUUUCGCUUGGAACAUUUCUUUGUCUUGUAAAAUGCUCUAUUUACUCAAAGGAUGAAAAGAAGACUUCCUAAAAGAUUGAAGAAAAAAAAUAAUCAUAAACUUGUUACUAUUUUUGAGUGAGUCCUUUUCCCCCUUCCAUUUAUCUGCUUGUAGUUCAAAAACAGCCUGAUACUGUCCUUCAAGAUUUCAUUACAGCAAAAUAACUUUGCAGUUGAGCACUUGCACGGGCAAAAGAAAGUAUACAGGUAUGUAUUGAGGGAAUCCUAUCAGGUCAAUUCUGCUACCACUCGUCAUGAGGAAAUAGAGUCUAAAACUUGUGGGGUUUUUUUGUUUUUUUUUUUGAAGUUAAGAGAGGUUUUAUUGACUUUUGAAUAAAAACAGUUAUGCAAUAUGAAGGUAAUGUUUUGUCCUACUUUACAUUUUAGAAAGGAAUCCAGGGAUCUUCCUAAAGCUCAAGGCUAUUGGAGAUAUUUGUCUUACCUAGUAAAAUAUGGAUUCCUCUGGAAGAGGAGGGAGAAAGAGAAAGAAGUUUCUUCAAAGUAGCUGGUGCAAUUACACUUAGUGCAACAAUUUUUUUCAUGCUAUCAGAUUUUCAAAGUAAAAUGUAAUACUGGAAUAUAUUUUAUUCAGAUUACACUGAAUAAGCACUUUAAGAUUAUGAGACUUUAAAACAGCUAGUUUUUGAAACAAUUGCAACAUCCAGUUUGUCUAGUCUUGUGUCAUACUAGCUGUCUGAACGCUUUAUCACAAAAAAAAAAAAAAAAAAGACAGUGGCUGUCUUGAGAACUGAGAAUAGCAUCUACAAAGCUGGCAUUCUUUAAAAGUUGUACUUGGUUUUGGCAGUGAAGGCAAGAACAAGUUGUGAUGACAGUGUAUAUAUUUACUUGUGCAUCCAAGCUAAUUCAGAAGUCUUUCUAAAGGUUCAAGGAAUUAAUCUUCCCUUGUAUGCCCCAGAGGUCUAGUUUUAAACAAUUACUAAAUGAUGCCUGUAGCAGACCUUGACCAGAAGCACAGUGUCCAAAAUGGCAGGAUCCCUAGCAAAGGCCCCUAUGUCACACAUCACUUCCGAUCUGUGUUCAAUUAAGUCAAGCACCCAUUUUAUAAAGAUGCAAUUUUUGUAAGCUCUUGACUUGAAAACAUACUUUCAAAAUUAAACUGUACUGGUUGUUAGCUAUAUGCUUUCCAAUGCCAGAAAGUGAGCAGUGCAUGCUGUGCAUUGCACUAAUGCGAGGUGUCACUGCCUGAGAAACUAGGAGGUACAGGUUUCAGUGCUGGUGCUCAGAUACUUCUUUUACAGUGACUUUAGCAGUGCAUAUGGUGAAGGUCAGCGGCAUUAUCCUUGACUAACUGGGCUAUGCAGAGACUGUGGCUACCUUAGCAGCACAAAGCAGGUCAUCAUAGGGAUGCCUCUAAGAAGACUGCAUUCCCUCAAGUAAAUAAUCAGGUCAUCUGCCGGCUUCCAGACUUCUUAUGUGAAAGGCUUAAAAACAAAAGAAAGCUGCAGACUAUUUUGAAAAAGCUUCAUUAAAAAAAAUAUAUAAAAAAAAAAACAAAACUAUCUCAUAUCCAAAAAGUCUUUUAAGUGCCUGACUUAUGUGCAAAGAGAAACACCAGCUAAAGGGAUCAUAUGUCUUAAGCUGUCCACAUGAUAAGACAAAACCCCUCAGUGUCACAGAAAAGUCAAAUACUGCAGGCCUGCUACACCUACCCACAACACUUGACUGAUGUAGAGCAGACCUGCUAUUGUUGGGCUAUGAGUGAAGUUUUCUGCCUUCCCUUCACCAAUGCUAGUCACUCCAUGCAUCCCUCAAAUAUGCUUGCAGGCAUUCACAGUUAUUUGCACAGGCUGUAUUGUCCCAGCAAGUCUGAAGUAUCUUAUUCUGAACAUAUCCGGACCUGUCUUCUGUAUGUGCAGAAAGACACUUCGGGAUUCACUUAGACAGUAGUGGUAUCACGUUCUAAAGCAGUUCAGCAUUUUGCUGAAGGUAACAGCCACAGCAAAGCUACUACUCAUCCCUGCAAAACAGCAGGCACUGCUUGGAAUGUUGCAGAAACAUAGAUACUGCAGAUGGUGUAUGCUGUUCUGGAGAUCUUUUGUAGCCACACACCAUUGCCAGCAGCUGGCUGCAGAGCUCUAGCCUUGCCUAUGGGGGAGAUUAAGCAUUCAGCUUGUUUCAACACAGACAUAACAUGCAGUGAAGUUUGAAUCUUUUCUCUUGUGGCUUGAUAUAUUUUCAGGUGAUUGAAGCAAAGCAGACACACAAAAAAAAAAAAAAGGAAAAAAAGACAAUGCAGAAACUGACACAUGGUGAUGGCAUUUGGCUGCCAGUUCUGACAGUAAUAAUGGAAAGUUGGACCUGGCAUAACAACUGGUUCUCACCUCAAGCUGUAACUUACCUUUGACAUUUUUAAUUUGUGUUUCUCAGUGUAUUUGUAUGUGCUCUGAAGAAAUCCAAAUCUUGGGGAAGAUAUCUAAAAGGAGUUGCAGACACUUUUUUUUUUUUCAUAUUCCAUCUCUCUCAUGUAUACUCACAACCUUUUUGCUUUAGAAAAGCAAAAUAGAUUUAUUAAGUUAGAUCAGAGGUACUGACAAAUUAACACGAAAAAUUCAGGAGUGAAUACUAUUCAUGGUUGAAGGCUAGAGAUAUUAUAGAUAGCCCACGGUUGCCUCCCAAGGGGCAGGGGAAGAGCUCCAUCAGCAUUUUGUCAUCAGUUUGGUUUCUUCUAUUAAGAUGGAUGAAUUAAAAGGCUCCCCUGUCCUUCCCCCAACAAGCAACAGGCAGCAUAAAGAACAGUAUUGACAGUCAUUCUGCAAAGCCAUAAAAGAAAAUAUCUGCCACAAGACAGUAUAAUGAGAUUAUCGUCUAUCGUUUUUGUACCCUAUGAACUUGCAUUGUAGUUACGUGCUCACAGUGUUGGAAGCCUGCAGUGCUGCUACAAAAAUAACAAGGACUACUGCUGAAUCCAGUGUAUUAAUGUUUUGUUAAUACCAUGCACACACAUGCUAGUCUGUAGGCUAUAGCUAUGAAGUGCUGUGUGAAAGCAAUGAAACACUGAAUAGCAUUUCAUUGUCAAAGAGCAAUGAGCAUAAGCUUGCAAUUAAGAAGUGUUGCUUUUUUUUUUUUUUUAUUAAAUCGUUAUAACAACAAAAAAAAUCCCUAAAAUUAAUCGGAGUUUAAACAGCUAUUUGACUGACAACCGAGGCUGCUUAUUUCCAGCAUGUCUGUUAUAAAAAAUAAAAUUUCUCACCCCCUCCCGACACUUCAGUAACUUUGUUAAGAAAAAUUCUUUCUUGGUAAAAAGAAUUCUUGAGUAACAGACAUGCCAGUAUUAUACUGGUUGUUGGCACAUUACCCACCUCCUCAAGAGAUUCCUUAUUUUACAUUUUUUUACAAGAAAACAUAGUUGUCUGUGGGUGUACAUGUAUUUACAUCUUCCUGCACCAGUCUUCUCAUUCAACAUACAGAGGGCGUAAAAUAGUGGAGCUCAUAUUGAAAUGCCCGGCUGUGCUCAUUUCAUGCCCUUUUCUAAUUCAGUUUAAGAUGAAGUGAUAAAACCUAUCCUAGUUUCCAAUGUAAAGGAAACAAAACCUGUAGUACUAUUAAAUAAUCAAAUCAUUAUCAUGAAUAAGCAACUGGGAAAAGAGGGAGGGGGGGCAAUCUUUUUGUUUGUAAAUAAGCUACAGCUUCAUGGUUGAAAGCAUGCUGUUGCUCUUCCAGCAUUGAUGUUCUACUGCAGAAAGCAAGGGUGAAUAUUUGUUACAAUUGGACCCUUUAUUCUAGUUCAGAAUAAGUAAUAUACCGUACAUUCCCCAUAAGUUAAAAUGGUGAAUAUCCCAUUAUAUGGUGCUAACUAUUGGUAUGAAGGUGAUAUAGACUUACUUGAGUCAACUUAAAAAUAGAAAGAAGUGUAUUUGGGGAAUAAUUAAGUGCUAUCUGGCUCUUCUCUGUUGCUAAAAAAUCAACUGAAUUGAGUUUUGUUCAGAUUAACAUGAAACUGCCUAUAAAAGGUUUCUUGUUCUUAAAUAAUCUUGGCAAACCCCAGUUUAUAGUAAAAUAUUCUUCCACUGUCCAAAGUUUAUAUGGUUCUAUCUAAUAUUUCUAUUCUCUUGUUAGCUAUGAGACAACUUACUGUUAUGAAUCUUACUUACAGUUUCUAAUGUAAAGGUGUAAUCUUUUGAGCUCUCAAAUCAGAUAAAAUGUUAAAUUCAAAAAUUGUGAGAACCUCAGCCAUAAAAUUGUUACUAUGAUGUUUAUGUUAUUUUAAACAUUUAAUAAAACAAAAUAUUUUAAAACUG